AUGGUCUGCCAAAAAUACUUUACUCUAAAUAAUGGUGCACAAAUGCCCGCUGUCGGUUUGGGUACAUGGCAAUCUUCUGAAAAAGAUGACACCGUCUAUAAAGCAGUUAAGGCAGCUCUUGCUGCUGGUUACCGCCACAUCGAUACUGCCAUGAUGUAUGGCAAUGAAGCUGAAGUAGGUCGCGGUAUCCGUGAUGGUCUUAAGGAAAAUGGACUUAAGCGUGAAGAUGUUUUUGUCACCACCAAGCUCGCUCCCAUCGAUGCUCGUCCAGAAUACGUCCCUCGUGGUUUUGAAGAUUCUUUCAAGCGUCUCGACAUUGGUUACAUUGAUCUUUAUUUAAUGCACUGGCCUGUUGCCAUGAACCCUGAGACGCGUCAAUUAUUUCCCUUGCGACCCGACGGUUCCCGUGACGUGGAUGAAGAAUUGAAAGGACGUUUUGAAAUCACCUGGGAAGCUAUGGAGAAGUUAUUGGAUACUGGUAAAGUCAAGUCAAUUGGUGUCGCCAAUUUCUCCAUCCCUAACUUGGAGCGUUUGUUAAAGACAGCGAAGGUCGUCCCUGCUGUCAACCAAAUUGAACUUCAUCCUUAUUUGCCUCAAUUCAAAUUGGUGGAAUUCUGUAAGUCUAAGGGUAUUCAUUGCUCUGCUUACUCCCCUCUAGGCUCCACUCAAUCUACUUUGUUCGAAGAUGAAACACUUGGUAAGAUUGCCAAGUCUUAUAACGUCUCCCUUGCUCAAAUUUUGAUUUCCUGGGGAGUUACCCGUGGCAGUGUUUUGCCCAAGAGCGUCCAUCCAGAGAGAAUUGCUUCCAAUAUUGAAACCGUUGAAUUGAAGGAUGAGGAAAUUCAAGCUAUCAAUGACAUUUCCAAGACAACCACAAAACGUUUCAUCAGACCCAACUGGGGUGUACCUGUCUUUGAUGAAGAUUUCGAGUAA